CUUCUGGGACUUCCACAAAAUGUCCGAUUUGCCUAGGAGAACAUGGAAUUUGGCGUUGUGAAAAAUUCCACUCGUUCUCUGUUCAAGCAAGAAUAUCAGCCAUUAGAAAAGCUUCGCUAUGCGAAAACUGUUUGAGACCAAACCAUAAUCCUGAUAUUUGCAAAAAGGGCUCAUGCCGCAUCUGCAAGCAGUAUCAUCAUACUCUUAUUCAUCAGCCAAGGCAAUCUUCAAAUCACUCGGAUGAUAUUCAAACGACAAGGCGUGAAACCUCACCAAUUACCACAGAGGAAAAUAACGAUUGACGAGAGCUUAAUGAGAGUCCAAAUAGAAUCAGCCGUGUUAACGCAUUCACAAUAGACACCAUUAACAACGAAUUACUUGUUACUGCCCAAAUUCAAAUCUUAGACAAAACAGAACAUCCAAUCAAUUGUCGAACGUUAAUUGAUACGGGCGCAACAACGAAUUUUAUCACGGAAAAUCUCGUUAAACGGCUUGGCAUUUCAAAGAAGGAAUGUUCUAUUCCGAUAGGGGCUCUCAACGCUAUGACUACUGUCGCUAAACAUACCGUCACAGCUACCGUUAAAUCAAAAAAUAGCACAUACCAACGAACAUUAACUUUUUUGACGAUUCCAAAAAUCGCAGAAUGCGUUCCGGACCAACCGAUUGACCGAUCUCGGCUAAAUAUUCCACAUAAUAUUCGAUUGGCGGACCCCGAAUUCCAUCGUCCAGCACCGAUUGACUUGUUAUUUGGAUCCGGAACAGCAUUAUCAUUACUAAGCGUCGGUCAAAUUAAUCUUUCACGUCCCAAUGAACCCGAUCUGUAUCUGCAGAAGACGAGACUCGGAUGGGUCAUCGGGGGGAGCCCACCGCGAAACCCACAAGAUCAAGGUGUCUCAUGUCACACAGUGAGCACUCUACAAUUUGAUCUUACACGUUUUUGGGAAAUCGAGGAGGGACCUCAAAUUCACAUAUUCUCAGAGUCAGAUAAACUUUGCGAAUCGCAUUUUCGACAACAUUUAUCUCGAAGAUCCGAUGGUCGUUAUAUUGUAGCAUUACCGUUUAACGACAAAUUGAUACAACUGGGAGAAUCAAAAUCACGUGCUCAAAAACGAUUAGAAUCCCUCGAACGUAAACUGCAACGUGACGCGACGUUAAAACGGGAUUACCAUGCCGUGAUAAAUGAAUAUCUUACUCUUGGACACAUGGCCAAGGUUUUAGAAGAUCCGGACGUAUCACAAGGAUAUUACCUUCCGCAUCACGGGGUAAUAAAGACCACGAGUGAAACCACAAAAUUACGAGUAGUAUUCGAUGGCUCCGCAACCACGAGCACCGGAAUCUCACUCAACGACACUCUUCAUAUUGGCCCUAAACUUCAGGACGAUCUUUUAUACAUUCUUCUCCGUUUCCGAAUUCACCAGUACGUUAUCACUGGUGACAUAGAAAAAAUGUACAGGCAAUUCCUCGUACGAAAGGAAGAUAGGAAAUUUCAAAGAAUUCUAUGGCGUGACGACACAGGCGAAAUCCAUACCUACGAAUUACAGACAGUGACCUUCGGAUUAUCAGCCGCUCCUUACCUGGCCAUUCGGUGUCUAAUCCAAUUAGCACAGGACGAAGGCUAUCGUUUUCCUCAAGCCGCAGAUGUCUUACGCCGAGAUUUUUACGUUGACGACGCAUUAACCGGAGCCUCGACAAUUGAUGAUGCACGUAUGCUGCGUGAAGAAUUGACCCAAUUGUUAAGACUAGCAGGUCUAAACAUUCGACAAUGGGCAGCCAACCAUCAAGCCAUUUUACAAGGACUACCUGAACAGGACAUCAAUAAAAAGUUACAUCUCGGUGAAUCCUCCACUUUGAAGACGCUAGGAGUUUUCUGGGACUCUUCAAACGAUUCGAUAUCGUAUGAAGUUAAAACUCAACCCAUUACAUCACGGGUAACUAAACGCUUCAUCACAUCGGAGAUCGCAAAAAUCUACGAUCCCCUCGGCCUUCUCGGACCUGUUAUCAGCACAGCAAAGAUGCUAUUACAAAGAAUUUGGUCUAUGAAACUUGACUGGGAUGAAUCUUUGCCAAUGGACGUAUACACCGAAUGGAACCAAUAUUAUAAACAAUUGCCAUUAUUAAAUAAUAUCAUUUUUCCGAGGAACACUAUCCCUCAUACAUCGAUAGUAACCGAAUUACAUGGAUUCUCCGACGCAAGUGAAAAAGCCUAUGGAGCUUGCUUGUAUCUCCGGACGAUUGACAAACAGGGCCACAUCAACGCAAAACUUCUUUUCGCAAAAUCAAAGGUGGCUCCAUUAAAAACACAAUCAAUUCCGAGACUAGAAUUGUGCGGAGCGUUAUUACUAACAUCACUAGUGACAACAGCCAAAAAGGCCUUACAUAUUACGAUCGACCGCACUAUUCUCUGGACCGACUCCACGAUUGUAUUACAUUGGUUACAAACAUCUCCGCACAUGCUCAAAACAUUUGUCGCAAAUAGGGUGUCUGAAAUUCAAAACAAGACAAACAUAGCAGAUUGGCGACAUGUAUCGACGUCAGACAAUCCCGCUGACCUUAUUUCGCGGGGCCAACUCCCGGAAGAAUUCCUCCAGCCAUCUCUAUGGCAGGAAGGACCAAAAUGGCUUCAAGAAGACGAAUCUUCAUGGCCAAAUAUAUCAACUCCACCAUGCGAUAGCAUAUUAUUGGAACAAAGAGUUGCAACGUGUCUGGUUACAUCUACCUUUGACACCAAUAUCUUAGACAAUUACUCGUCAUGGAGACGGAUGCAACGAGUCAUUGCGUACUGCCUUAGAUGGAAGAAAGACAACACCUUUAAGGGCAGCCUCACUGCAAUAGAACUUAAGAGAGCUCAUGAUAGCAUUAUUAAACUUCUCCAAAAGAUUCACUUCACUAAGGAACUGCGACAUUUAUCCAACAACGAGUACAACAUCGGAGGAAAAUUGCAGCGCUUAUCUCCUUUUAUAGAUAAAGAUGGCAUUUUACGCGUAGGAGGUCGUCUAAAGCAUUCGUCAAUGCCAUUCCCACAACGACAUCCAAUUAUUUUGCCAAAAUCGCGAGUAACUUCGCUCAUUAUUGAGGCUGAACACCAGGCCCAACUGCAUACUGGCGUUCAGAAUACCCUCUAUGCGAUCAGACGUCGAUACUGGCCCAUCGAUGGAAGAAAUCAGGUGUGGAAAGCUUUGAAAUCCUGCAUGCGUUGUUUGCGAGCUCAACCACCACCAGUGGAGUACAUAAUGGGAGACCUUCCCAAGGCAAGGGUUACCGAAUCUCGUCCGUUCACUCACGUCGGCGUUGAUUAUUGCGGACCAUUUCAUAUAAAAGAGAAGAAGCAUCGAAAUCGCGCGAAAAUAAAAGUCUACGUGGCAGUCUUCGUCUGUCUCGCAAUUAAAGCUGUCCAUUUAGAACUCGUGAGUGAUCUCACCAGCGAAUCAUUUAUCGCAGCACUCCGACGAUUCAUAGCUCGACGAGGUUUCUGCAAGAGUAUUCACUCUGACAAUGGUACAAACUUUGUCGGGGCUAACAACAACUUAAAAGAAUUACGAGAGCUCAUCCGUUCAGAUGACCAUAAUCUAAAAGUAAAAACCUUCCUGGCAGAACAUUCUAUUGACUGGAACUUUAUACCACCUCGCACACCACAUUUUGGCGGAUUAUGGGAAGCGGCGGUAAAGGCUUUUAAACACCAUUUAAUACGCGUAGCGGGUACUGACAUUUUCACUUUCGAGGAAUUUAACACUCUUAUAAUCCAAAUCGAAUCAAUCCUAAAUUCCCGACCUCUUACUCCAUUAUCAUCAGACCCAAAUGAUCUACUCGCCUUAACACCUGGUCACUUUUUAAUCGGCGAUUCAUUGACGAACCUACGCGAACGAGACUUUUUACAUACACCAUCUAAUCGUCUCUCAACCUGGCAACACAUUCAAAAGAUAAAGCAACAUUUCUGGAAUCGCUGGCACCGAGAAUAUCUUAACGAGUUAACCAAACGCAGCAAAUGGAUUAAGGGCGACCAUGCGAUCAAGGAAGGAACUGUCGUCCUUCUCAGGGAAGAUAACUUACCUCCCAUGCAAUGGCCCUUGGGUAGGGUAAUUAAGGUCCACCCCGGUUCAGAUGGCAUCAUUCGCACAGUAACACUAAAAACGGUGGCGAAUACGUUGGAUCGGAACGUGAAAAAGCUGGUACCAUUGCCCUAUCAACCCGAAGACGUCAAUCAUCAGAUCGAAUCAGCGUCCGCAGACAAACUCGAUCAAACGUAAACUUCGUUUUGCAUAGACAUGUACUCAUUGUUUUAUCUGUAU